AUGGGUUGUUUGGGCAACAGUAAGACUGAAGACCAGAGAAAUGAGGAAAAGGCCCAGAGAGAAGCAAACAAAAAGAUAGACAAGAUGCUCCAAAAAGACAAACAAAUCUACCGAGCAACACACAGACUAUUGCUUUUAGGAGCUGGCGAGUCAGGAAAGAGCACAAUUGUGAAACAGAUGAGGAUCCUUCAUGUCAACGGCUUCAAUGCAGACACAGAGAAAAAGCAAAAAAUUCAGGAUAUAAAGAAUAAUAUCAAAGAAGCCAUUGAGACCAUAGUGACUGCAAUGAGCACUCUGACGCCACCAGUGCAUUUGGCCUCUUCAGACAACCAGUACCGCAUUGAAUACAUCCUCAACUUUGUCAAUCAGAAGGAUUUUGAGUUUCCAGCUGAGUUUUAUGACCAUGCAAAAACACUGUGGCAAGAUGAGGGCGUCAAAGUGUGCUUUGAGAGAUCUAACGAGUAUCAACUCAUCGACUGUGCACAAUAUUUCCUUGACAAGAUUGACAUUGUGAAGCAGAGCGACUACACCCCAACAGAUCAGGAUUUAUUGAGGUGCAGAGUGCUGACUUCAGGGAUCUUUGAAACCAGAUUCCAAGUGGACAAAGUUAAUUUCCACAUGUUUGAUGUUGGUGGUCAACGAGAUGAACGACGAAAAUGGAUCCAGUGCUUUAACGAUGUGACAGCUAUUAUCUUUGUGGUGGCCAGUAGCAGUUACAACAUGGUGAUCAGAGAGGACAAUCACACAAACCGUUUACAGGAGGCGCUCAACCUGUUCAAGAACAUCUGGAACAACAGGUGGCUGCGGACCAUUUCUGUUAUCUUGUUCCUAAAUAAACAGGACCUGCUGGCAGAGAAAGUGCUGGCAGGGAAGUCCAAAAUUGAGGAAUACUUUCCGGAAUUUGCUCGCUACACUACACCUGACGAUGCGACACCAGAGCCUGCAGAAGAUCCUCGUGUCACAAGGGCAAAGUACUUCAUACGAGAUGAAUUCCUGAGAAUCAGCACUGCAAGCGGAGACGGAAGGCAUUACUGCUACCCUCACUUCACCUGCGCUGUGGACACGGAAAACAUCCGCCGCGUCUUCAACGAUUGUCGAGACAUCAUCCAGAGGAUGCACCUGCGGCAGUACGAGCUCUUGUGA